AUGACUAACAUCGAAUCCAUCCCAAGACCCAUCAUAUCAAUGGGAGAGCCUCUCGUGACCCCCAGCAAUCUCUUUACCUCCCUCCAUCUCUCUCUCUCUCUCUCUCUCUCUCUCAUCAGUGCCGGCAACAAACGACUGGUACAGAUCUUCAUUUCUACGGCAUCGAUUCUAUACCUAUCUUCAUCUCCACUUAUCGUUUCUCAAGCUUGCACAAGGGAUUUGUAG